GUUUCAACCCAGCCUUGUUAUAGCCCACGAGCCUACCAAGUAUAUAUCAACCUGCCCAUAUAUCCUAUAGCAUUUGCCUGCAACAUCAAUUCUUCGCCUUCAACUACUAUACGACGCACCCUCCACGUUAGUCCACCAAAAACCAACUCCAGCCUCUUGCACGCGACAGACCCUCUGCUCAGCACCAGCCAUGUCUCUCAAGCGCAAGGCCUCGAUUUCCGGUCUUGCAUCACCUAGUCCUGCUCCAAUAUUGGCAGGACAAUCAUUCAUGUCGGACGAUACUCCAAAACACCUUCACAGUCGCACACGAAAGCGCUUCAGGAACGAUCGCCCGGAUGACGAAGUGGUAUACGAGAACACGCUUCGUUGGCUUUUUACAGCACAACAACACCAAGCCUCCACCCCUGCCACAAAUGAGGAAGCCGAGCCAGAACAUGUGCCGUCCCCCGAGAUUGUCGACCCUCGCCAACAGACAUUGCUCAAGUUCUUUCGGCCCUCUCAAUCGUUCGCCUCGAAUCGCUUGAACAAGCUGGACCAGCAAACAAAGAAUAUUGCACAAGAAAAGCCGACGUCCUGGCAGUCCCAAAACCUGAACUUUUCGUCUCCAGCUACUUCGGUCGGCUGGAGUACGAGCAGCCCAUCUUCACAACCGACAAGUAGUGAUAUGGACAUGGACUCAGCCAGAAACGAGCCAUACCAAGACCUUCAGAGGUCGAUCACGGGCUUUGGAUGGGCGUGAUCCAAGCUCAAUCAUGAAUGGAACGCUUCCGACCUAUAGCCAGCGAUUUUUCAGCGAUGAUACCUUGUUUUAUAUUUUUCUCUUGGGUCAAUGUGCUGGUCACAUUGGUGAGAGAGAUACUUUAAUAUAGCUGACCUUUAUCUCAUGUUAUAAGGCACUCCUUGCGGCUGGUACUUUGUUCGAGACCCAUCAGUCGACUGCUUUGGUUGUUCCAAGGGAUUGCCAAGCUACCAGUUGUUUGAUUAGAUAAAUCCUAGGUCGCUCGAUGAGGUAUAUAAUUGCAUGUGUUGAGAUCAAACUCAAUAUCUUAAAUUGCGUGGAC